AUGACGUCGAAGUUUCCCGCAUUGACCACAUCCCCAGCGCGUCAACCUCAACGCAGAACCUCUGCAAAGCAGAGUGUUAAUGCCAAUAUUAGUGUAGUACCUCCUCCAAAUUCGGGGAAGGCUCUUGCAAAACAAAACGACGCUACAACACCAUCAGAUGAAAAUGACAGGAAACGUAAAGCCGACGAAAUCGAGGAAGAAGAAGAUAGUGACGAUGAGAGUUUCAUCAUCACUCAAACUCCAGCUCAAGUCGUACCAAGACCGCAUUCUUGA